AUUAACCUACUUUUACCGACACAGCACAAGCUUCUCAUCUCAGCUCUCCUUAUCUGAACAGAAAUGUUUAGGUCUAAAAACAUCCUUUGGAUCACCUUUGCUUUUUGUUUAACCUCAGGAAGUUGUACAGACAUUUUUCAACAAAGUGGCAGUGACGCAAAAAUGGACUGUAGUGGUGGGGAUCCGAAAAAAGCCAUAGAAUGGAAACGCGGCAACGUCCUGUUGAUAGGCAAAGCCCCAUCAGGAACAGUGCGCAGAGGUAUAAUGGAAACUACUAGCAGGGCACGGAUAGAUGGAACCACGUUGAAAAUCACCCAGCUGAAGACUAGCGACAAUGGAGUCUACACAUGCAACUCAUAUACUUACAAACUGUAUGUUGUAUCAGCCUCUGCGAACCCAUCUUCAGUUCUGUACUCGAGUGAAACCACCCUAAGCUGUGAUGUUGCUGGAGACUUUAAAGGAACAUUUCAGUGGCUUGAAUCAGGUUCUAAACCAUAUAGCCAAAGUAAGGAGGUGACUGUAAAAAAUGUGACCUUAGAUACUGCAAGAAUCUGGACCUGCCUGAUCAAAAAUGAAAAGAGCAAAGAAAUUAUUAGGCUAGACGUGAACAUCGGUGUUGUUGGUCCUUUGAACACACCAAGGGAAGUUAAGACUCAUGAAGGGGGCAGUGCAGUGCUCCCGUGUUUUCUACCUACCAAGAGCCAACUGCCUAUAACCGGGGGCUCAUGGAAGCGUGAGUCCCACUCUGACAUCCGCUUCCCUGUAUUAAUGAGGAAACAGAAUGCUGUCCAGUGGAAUAGCACUGAUGUCAGCAUUGAUAAAGUCACCUUCACUGAACAGGAAGUGAUGACAAACUUUAGUGUGACACUGAAAAAGGUGAAGGUUGCUGAUGCUGGUGUGUAUGCGUGCAGUCUGAAGUUUGAAAAUGGGAAAGCUUUGACUUCUUCGUUGAAUCUGACAGUUUCAAAAAGGGAUGGUGAUGAUCCUGAUAUGGAUUCUAGAGGUUCUACAGUAACGAAAAACAACAUGUGGAACAAACGUGUGUGGGGUAUGCAGUUGUGGGUCUGGAUUGCCGUGUCAGCAUCUUCUUUUGUCCUGAUUGGCCUUGUUGUCAUCAUUCUACUGAUUCACUGCAGGAACAAACGGAUGAAGAAAAAGAUGAUGAAACUGAAGUCUAUGAGGCAACCCCAUACAUCCAGGAAUUACUGCAAGUGUGACAGGCCUGUGAGCCAGGCUGGUACAGGUAAACGAGGCCGGCCUCCACCUCUACCCAGGCACCAGUACAGCUCUUUAAAUGAAUAAUGGAUCAAAAUGGAGUGGAGGACAAUAAUACAGGAGAUAAUAGAGUUUCAGAUCCACCAGGAAAAUGCUGAUCAUAACCUGUAUAUUUUCAUUCUUACAUUAUCUUUUUUUUGUUUGUUAUUCUUUGAUUUGAAUAAUAUGGAAACAUUUUAAUAACCAAGAAUAAGCACAUCCUUUGCUGAGUUUUCUUGCGUCUGUAAUUUGUAAAUAAGAUCUUUUUCUGAAAAUGUUUUAUGAAAUUUUAGGUUUGCAUAACUAGAGUUUCACGUUUUACAUUUGCUUAACCUGAUUUAAUGUAUGUUCAAUGGUUUGUUUUUUUUCUUCUACUUUAAUUAAACAUUGAAAUA